AUGACGCCGAAGGCAGGACUGAGCUAUACGCCGGUGGAAGUGCUGUCCUAUAUAUUCGAAGAUUUGACUCUCACAGAAUUGGACAUCUUGGAGCAAGCAUGCGAUCACCACCACCUGCGUUACAUCGUGGCAGAUUAUUUCCGUCGCCGCGUGUUGAGAUCCUCCAAGAACCCACUCCUCGAGCUAUCUCAAAUACACCGUGCCCAAGACAUCGAACAAUUAGCGUUACAAUCCGCCGUGCCCGAUGUAAACGUCACAGAUGAGGUUGGUCGGACUCCAUUGCAUCUAGCGGCGGAAAUGGGAUACAUUUGUGUAGUGCAAGCUCUGCUUGACUUUCCAGGGAUAUCAAUCGACCACAGAGACGGUUGUGGAAGAUCUGCUUUGGUGAUAGCCUCGCAAAAUGGUCAUUACAAGGCUGCAAGUAUUCUGCUCCAGCAUCGCGCAGCGGUAGACUUACCCACGUAUCGAGGAGAGACAGCGUUCUUGUGGGCCGCAAGAAAUGGCCACUGUUGUCUCGUCAAGCAACUUAUAUCUAACGAGACAAACACAUUGAGUACAGACGCAGAGGGCUGGAGGGGGGUUGACUGGGCUAUCAUGCAAGGCCAGGACAGGGUAGUUGAGCUUUUGCUAUCGCAUCACGAUUACUUCCAAGGGUCCUUGGUCCAGCAGAACAAGCUGUUGCUGCUCGCAGCGGAGUCAGGUAACGACGCAGCAUUACGAAUGUUGUUGGCAGCGGGAGGAGACGUUAAUUGUAGAGACGAACGAAAUAACACUCCGCUUCAUUGGGCGGUGUCAUGUGGACAUCAGUCGACCGUCGAGCUCCUUCUCGAUAGGGCAGGCGAGCCGAAUUCGAAAGACAAAUAUGGCAAUACACCAUUACACUGGGCUAGUACCUACCCUUCCAUCGCAAAUAUCCUUAUCAAACAAAACGCCGAUGUAGAUGCCCAAAAUAGUACAGGCAAGACAAGCUUGAUGUGCAGUGUUUUGGCAUCUCAAGAAGAAACUACCUUGAGACUGCUGACGUUGGGCAGGGCCAAUGUGGACAUCCAGGACGAGAAUGGCUGGACAGCGCUGCAUGGUGCCGCAGCAAAAGGUAACGAGUCGAUAUUGCUCCAUAUCCUAGACGAAGGAGCCAAUAUAAUCACUAGAGACAUCGACGGCUGGACACCAUUGGACGUUGCGGUAAUCAAUGGGCAUGCGACAGCCAUGGCUAUUCUAAGAGACAAGAUGGCGAACAAUUCUGUGGUUGCGACACCAAGACUAGUCAAUAACGAGCAUGCGAGAUGCAUCUUGGAAGAGAUGUCGCAACGCAAAUCCACGGGAAGCGAAGGUGUGAGUGGCCUGCGAUCGUUCGUGAACAGCAAGCACACUGCUCGGCUACAGGCCAUGCUUGACGUCGGCGCAGACAUUGACGAGUUGGACCCAGUGGGCGGAGCGACUGCUCUAACACUUGCAUCUUGGUUCAAUGACACCGACAUAGCCAAAUUGCUCCUUGACAACGGCGCAACGAUUGACGCGAAGGACAGCAGUGGUCGCACCGCGUUGCACGUCGCAGUUGAGGGGGGUUAUUGUGAUCUUGUUGGCCUGCUCGUUGACAAUGGCGCAGACAUCGAGACUAAGUUUUGCGGCUGGACUCCGUUACUGCUGGCGGCAAAACGAUUAUGGGACCACGAAGUCGGGUCGUGGAUGGUGAAGUAUCUCUCCGCGAAACCAGUGGGGGCAAAUCUCCACGCCAAGGACUAUUACGGGCGUGGAGUGCUGCAUUGGUGUGCCGUGUACGGCGAGAUACCAACACUCACCGACCUCGUUCGCCUCGAUUCCACCCUGCUGAAUAUUAAGGACUAUUGUGGCCAGACCGCGCUGCAUUACGCCGUUGGAGCCCGCCGUGUGGACCUUGUGCGAGUGUUGUUGCAACAAGAUGUGAACACCGCCAGUAGAAGCUGCGAUGGACUGACGCCAGCUCACGUCGCAGCAUACACCGGCCAGCUUGACGUGCUGACGCUUUUGGUGAAUGCGUGCAAAAGCGCCCGCGAGCAUUGCGGAGGUAAUAGGGCUAGUUCCCCAAGCGGGCAUGUAACUCGUCCACCUGGGGUGGAACUCCAACUAUCCGCCAGAGACACGAACGGAUACACGGCGCUCAGUAUUGCCCUUCUUACUGGCAGUCUACAAAUCGCCCAGUUUCUUCGUCGACUUCCGGGAGGAGACAAAGGCGGCUUUGAAUACCCCAGAAGCAUUACGUAUCCUUCAAUUGUGGCAUGGUGCCCGCCACCUUUGCAACUGCCCACUGAUGAUGAAGUUCUGGAUCUGAACCAGGCGAUCGAAGGCGCAGGUCCACGGAAGCCGUUAUUCGGCACUACAGUCCGUGAGUGGCUUCAAAAUCAACAUCGGUUGAUAACAUCAGAGCUGGCCCAACAAGAAGCGAAAUAUAACUCCACAGAAGGGGUUACAGCUUUCUUCCGGCCCCAAGUACACACACACACACACACACAAUUUACUGCGUAA